AUUUGGAAAUUACUCUUUCUAACUCUAUGAAGAAUUGAGUUAGAGACUCCAGGCUCUGUCGGAAUUCCCCGGACGCGACGUUCAGACGGCGCCCGCAGCGGUGCACUACCUUGGGACCGGGAGAAGUCAGGCACGGCUGAGGGUCUCAUGGUGACAUGGGAACAAAAGGUUCUCGGGACUUUUAGCACCCAGGUCCGACCCUAGCAUCCUAACCAUCUCGCCAACCUUUUGUUAACAUAUUCAUUCAACAAAACGUUUUUAGUUCUUACUGGAAGCCCAGCGCCGUUUAGAGGCUGGGUCUCUGGAGAGGCGGAGCUACCGAGUGACACUGAGGGGAGGUACUCCUGAAGGGGGAAUCUAAGUCUAGAGAGACAGCCGGUAACCGACUCCAGCUGCCCCUCUGCUCGCCUUUCCUUUUCACUGGCACAACGCUUGCGCUCGGUUUUGCUCCAGCUAUUUCGUCCCAAGAAAGCUUCCUCAUUUAGCUGCGUGACUGAAUGGUAUUUGUCACCUGAUCUGGUUGUUCCACCUGCUCUCACCGGGCCACCCCCUAGCUUUCUUGCCCGGCUCCUCUCCCCAGUUCUUAAGAAUUUAUCACCUAAUACACUGCGUUGUUUACGGACCUGUUGUUUGUUCGGAGAAAGUCCCUUCCAAACUCCCAACAAGGGACAGAAAUUUUGUCUAUAUAUUAAGUGUGAAGAACGUAAGUAACUGCUGAAUGGAUAAGCGAUAUAUGUUCGGGAUGCGAUAAUGGACUUGGAGAGGGAGCAAGAGGUCAGGGUUAAUUUAGAAAGGUAGCCAGAAAGGUCUCUCCAACGAAAGGUACCUUUACCGCGAGAGGGCUCAGGGCACCAGCAAAGCAGGGGAAAAGACGUCUUACCCGGAGGGAAAGGCAAUGCAAACGUCUCGAGGCGGGUCAAGUUCACCGGGUGUGAUAGGGAGGAAGGUGUGGGAGGAGGCGGAAGAGGCCGGCUGGAACGCCCACCACUAGGGGCCCUGCAGGCUUGGGGAAGGGCUAACCUGCCUAGUGUCCUAGGACCAGCAAAGGAGCCUUGCGACCCCCGACUCAGCCACGGAGCCACUGGAGUCAGCGCGACCCCCAACUCAGCCACGGAGCCACCGUGCAAGGCUCGCUGUCAUUUCAGAUUCGUUGAGCGUCAAGCCCUUGCCAUUCCUAGGCAUGCAAUCCGGGAAAGCCAGGCACACAGUAUGUCAUCUGUCACUCUGGAUACAAGCCAUCUGAGGAUAAGCAGUAUAAAAAGAAGCAAUGUACCCCUGUAUCUCCCAGAACAAUUAAACAGUAUGUAGUAGUCCCCACUAUGAGAAGACAUGAUGAUUGUGAUACAGAUUUACAGUUAACUGGUUUUCCUACUUCCAUGACAAUGCAUCAGCAAACUCAUACUGGAGAAAAACCUCAUGAGUACAAGGAAUACAGAAAUUCAUCUGUCUAUACUGGUUCACUUUGUACCUGUCAUGUGAUUCACAGUAUAGGAAAAGAUUAUGCAUAUAAUCAAUAUGGUAAAACCCUGAGUUCUUCCAGUUCUCUUCUAGGAUGUGAAAAAAUUCUGGUGGGAAAAGGAAGUGAUAAAUUUGAACCAUGUUCUAAAGGCUUUAACCAUCAUAGGUAUCUUCAAACACAUAAAAGAACCAAUAGUGAAGAGGAUCUCUAUGAAUGUAAUCAAUAUGAUAAAGACUUUAGAUCUAAUUCAUCAUUAAAAUUACACAAAAGAACUCAUUUUGAAAUAGAACUUUAUGAAGAUAAUCAAAGUGAUAAAACCUUUGCAACUUAUUGUCUUCACCAAAUACCUCGUGGAUAUGAUCAAUGUGGUAAAACCUUUGCCUGCCCCAGUUGUCUUCAAAUACAUGAAAGAAUUAAUUUGGAGAAACCCUUUGAAUGUAAUCAAUGUAGUAAAGCUUUUGCAUAUAAAAGUCAUCUUCACAGGCAUGAAAAGAUUCAUACUGGAGAGAAGCCCUAUGGAUGUAAUCAGUGUGGUAAAGCCUUUGCAUGUAACAGUUAUCUUCAAAUGCAUGAAAGAAGUCAUACUGGAGAGAAACCCUAUGAAUGUCAUCAGUGUGGUAAAGCCUUUUCACGUAACAGUCAUCUUCAUCGGCAUGAAAGAAGUCAUACUGGAGAGAAACCAUAUGGAUGUAAUAAAUGUGGUAAAGCCUUUGGGUGCAACAGUAAUCUUCAAAGGCAUGAAAGAAGUCAUACUGGAGAAAAACCCUAUGGACAUAAACAAUGUGGUAAAGCCUUUGUACAGAAGAGUAAUCUUCACAGUCAUGAAAGAAAUCUUGCUGGACAAAAGCUCUGUGAAUGUAAUCAAAGUGGUAAAGCCUUUGCACAGAAUAGUCAUCUUUUCCAUCAUGAAAUAAACUGUACACAGAAAAAAUCCUAUGGAUGUAGUCAAUGUGGUAAAGCCUUUGCACGGAACAGUAAUCUUCAAAGGCAUGAAAGAAGUCAUACUGGAGAGAAACCCUAUGAAUGUAAUCAGUGUGGUAAAGCCUUUUCACAGAACAGUCAUCUUCAUAGGCAUGAAAGAAGUCAUACUGGGGAGAAACCCUAUGAAUGUAAUCAGUGUUUUAAAGCCUUUGCAUGUAAAAGUGACCUUCACAGGCAUGAAAGAAGGCAUACUGGAGAGAAACACUAUGGAUGUAAACAGUGUGGUAAGGCCUUUUUUCAGAAUAGUCAUCUUCAUAGGUGUGAAAGGAGGAAUACUGGACAAAAAGCUUUUGAGUGUAAUCAGUGUGAUAAAGCCUUUGCAUGUUGUAGCAACUUUCAGAAGCAUGACAGAAUUCACACUGGUAAAAAGCCAUGAACCUAAUGAAUGAGGUAAAGCCUAGCAUUCCACAUACAUUUUUCCCAUUGAGCUAUCUCUCUGGGGCUUGAGUAAGAUUAGUAGAAACAGUACAACAGUAAAAUACUAUCUCAUUUACAAAUUGUAGACAUAUUGUCAUCCAAGGAUUCAGGAACAAUUUGAAUAAUAAAACUUAUUAUAAGUUAAAGUGA